CACAAAGAUGGCGGGAGUGCCGGCCCCUCCCAGCUGCUGAAAUUACCCUGGAAGUUGCUGCCUGUCCCUGCCCUUGCGGCGCGGGACCGGGACGCGGCCGAGUUGGGGUCUGCUGCAGGCAGGAGCUAUGCUGGCCUUCCUAGCCAGGAGCCUGCGAUGGAUAGGAAUCAGCUGCCAAAGAAGGCCAAGCCAGGUGGCUUAGUGAAGCCAGUGGCUUUGGGCAAGCUCCCAGGUAGGUACUUAGCCCACCAGGAGGGGUUGCCACAUCUCCCAGUGCCGGCUCUUCAGCAAACCCUGGAUCGCUACCUGCUGGCUCUGCAGCCCAUUGUCAGUGAGGAGGAACUGAACCACACGAAAGGGCUGGUGGAUGAAUUCCGGAAAUCAGGCGGCGUCGGGGAAAGACUGCAGAAGGGCCUGCAGAGGAGAGCCAAGAAAACUGAGAACUGGCUCUCCGAAUGGUGGCUGAAAAAUGCUUACCUCGAAUACCGCCUGCCGGUCGUGGUUCACUCCAGCCCUGGCGUGGUCUUACCUAAACAGGAUUUCCUGGAUCGGCAAGGCCAGCUCAGGUUUGCUGCCAAGCUGAUUGAGGGUGUCCUGGAUUUCAAGACCAUGAUUGACAACGAGACCCUGCCUGUGGAAUACCUGGGUGGGAAGCCCCUCUGCAUGAACCAGUACUACCAGAUCCUCUCUUCCUGUCGAAUCCCAGGACCGAAGCAUGACUCCAUUGUGAACCAUGCCAGAGGGAAAAAGCGGUCCCCACACAUCUCCGUGGUUCACAACUUCCAGUUCUUUGAGCUGGACGUUUACAAUAGUGAUGGGAGCCCCCUCAUCGCUGAUCAGAUCUUCAUCCAGCUGGAGAAGAUCUGGAACUCCUCCCUCCAAACAAACAAAGAGCCCAUCGGGAUCCUCACCACCAACCACCGAAACAGCUGGGCCAAGGCCUACAACAACCUCAUCAAAGACAAGACCAACAAGGAGUCUGUGCGUUCAAUCGAGAAGAGCAUUUUCACUGUCUGCCUGGAUGCACCCAUGCCCCGGGUCUCUGAGGACAUCUACAAGAGCCGUGUGGCUGCUCAGAUGCUGCACGGUGGAGGCAGCCGCUGGAACAGCGGGAAUCGAUGGUUCGACAAAACCCUUCAGUUUAUCAUUGCUGAAGAUGGUUCCUGUGGCUUGGUGUAUGAGCAUGCUCCCUCAGAGGGCCCACCCAUUGUUGCACUUCUGGAUCAUGUUGUGGAGUACACGAAGAAACCACAGCUGGUGAAAUCGCCCAUGAUUCCUCUACCAAUGCCUAAGAAACUGAGGUUUAAUAUCACUCCAGAAAUCAAGAAUGACAUAGAGAAAGCAAAGCAGAACCUCAAUAUAAUGGUGCAAGAUUUGGACAUCAAGGCGACAGUCUUUCACUACUUUGGGAAGAGUUUCCCCAAGUCCGAGAAGUUAAGUCCAGAUGCUUUUAUCCAGCUAGCCCUGCAGCUGGCUUAUUAUAGAAUGUAUGGGCAGCCCUGUGCCACCUACGAGAGUGCUUCACUGAGGAUGUUCCAUCUGGGCCGGACAGACACCAUCCGAUCUGCUUCCACGAGCUCUCUGAAGUUUGUGGAGGCAAUGGACAAACCUAACAAGCAGAACCAGGAGAAGGUGGAUCUGCUGAGGAAAGCUACACAAGCCCACAGGCAAUACACUGACAUGGCACUAACAGGGAAUGCGAUAGACCGCCACCUGCUAGGUCUGAAGCUUCAAGCCAUUGAGGAUCUAGUCAGCAUGCCUGAACUGUUCAUGGAUACAGCCUAUGCUGUUGCUAUGCACUUCAACCUCUCAACCAGCCAGGUCCCAGCAAAGACAGAUUGCGUGAUGUGCUUUGGUCCAGUGGUCCCAGAUGGCUAUGGAGUCUGUUACAACCCCAUGGAGGAGCAUAUCAACUUUGCAAUUUCAGCAUUCAACAGCUGUGCUGAAACCAAUGCAGCCAGCCUGGCACAUUACCUGGAGACAGCUCUGCUUGAUAUGAGGCUUCUGCUUCAGUCCACCCCCAAAUCAAAACUGUAGCAGAGGCAUUGUUUCAAACCCCAAAAACUCUAGGAGCUGCCCUAAAGGGUCAUCUAACCCCAGCAGCCUGCCCCUAACAUCUAUGAAGCUCCCAGCUCCUCAAACACAGGGCAAGCAGUUGUAUGUUCCACCAGGGACUUAGGAAGGCAUCAGCCACCAGAAGCUAUGGAAUAGCAAUCUCUAGCUACUUGACUGCUGUGAAAAGGGUGAAAGGAAGCAUGCCUUAAUCCAAGCUAGCACUGAAAAAGCCACUCCUGUUGUAUGCAAAGCAUGCCUUCCUUUCUUUGAAGGGGACAGGAACAUUGUUAAUUUUGUACAGAAUUCACUGCGGAAAGAACAUGGCACAUCCUUCAACUGACCCAUUCAGUAAGGAGUGUGCUGGUUCUUCUGGGAAAGCAGGAAUAAUGCUUCUCAAACUAAUCUGAUACCACCUAGAUCUUUCUGCUGGCUCAAGCUUUGGAUGCGGCUGUGAGCAUCCCUUUUGGGGCUUAAGCCCAACUAUUCUGUGCCUCCCUGGGUGGGGUCAUUAAUGCUGUUAAAUUUGGGGGUACAGAGAUAAAUGUUGUAAUGCAGUGUAAGUCCAGUCCUCCUAGUAUGUGUUGUGCUAAGUAUCCAAAGCCCCCGCUUAUGUUUUUUUCCCCACACCCUAUAUAUGUUCUUGUCCCUACCUUUCCAACCUCUGGGUCUAUCUGUUCCUGCAUUUUCUGUAUUAACUGUAAAACAUUUAUCACUAGUCAGCCCCAUUUCCUUUAUGCUUUUUAAGCAUAAAAUGACUGACAGCUAAAGAGCCUCAAUCACCCAGUUCGAGACUUAAAUUUGAGCCUCUUUGUACCGCUUCUACUGAACUAAAUGCACCUUCAUGAAUUUAUUAAUCCAAGAUCCGCUGGCCUUAGCUUUAUGCACUUUAAUUAGAGGGACAGGAUAGGAUAGUAUGGCCUCUGAGGCACAAAGUCUCCACCCACCUGUUUCACAAAGUAAAAAUAUGGAAUGAAGUUGACCAUCUAGCUGUAAAUAACCAAGGGUAAGCACAGUUUGCACCUCUGGCAUUUAUUGUAGCCGAAGGCGGUGCUACACCUCAUGCUUAGAGGCAACCCAGAUUUUAUGGUGUACAAUACAAACAUUUUUAAUCACACUGGCCCACUUAGAAAAAGCCUCUAGGUUCCAGUUUGCACAGCUCAAUGCUGACGGCUAUAAAUUAUGCUUCUUCCCAGUCCCUAUAUCAUCUGCUUCUACCAAGGCUGGGGCUCUAAAAGGUGUGGGAGGAGGAAGGGAAGAAACCACAAAAGUCAAAUUUAAGAUGUAGAUAUUACCUAGAACAGCUCACUUUCCACAGGAACACUACAACACCUCUUCUGUGGAACCUGGGGCUGCUGCGUUAUUAGAUCAACUGAACCUUGAGAAAGCAAGGGAUUUGUACGUACCUGAAGGUGCAAUUCAAGUGGCGCUCUACCAAUGCCUCCUAUAGACAUGACCUAAAUUUUUAUAUCCUUUCAAAUAGCAGUACUUGGAGACUUUUUCCAUCACAGUGAAGAGUUUAGGCAUUAUUCUUUCAAUAGGGAGAAAGCAAUAGUCUCAAGGUGAGGGUGCUGAAUUACCAUCAGGCAACAGUAACAGCAUGAGACUAUGGUGAGCUCAGUCUUGUCAUAUGAUACUUGUACACAGUACUAGGAUUACUGCUGCUUCUGUACUUCCUGGUCCCUUAAGCAAAGAUCAUAAUCAUAUUUUCUUUGUGGAUGCGUGGGAAGAAUCUUGUGUUGCACCUGUCUACUCUGCUACUGUUGUAAGACACUUAUGAACAUCAAUUCAGCCCAUCCCAUGUCUCAGAUAGAAACCUCCUCUUACUUCAGAAAUUAUUUUUUUGAAAGAAUACUACUUCAUCCCUGAGGGAAGGUUUUACUGGAACUCGCCUGUAUAGCUAAUGAUUGUACAAACAUCCACUCAUGACAUCCCAUAUUGGCUUCAUUAAAAUUAAAAGACACACACACAUGCACACCACAAGCACUAAAUGGAAUAAGAUGGUCAGAAAGCAGUGGGAGCAUGUAAUGCAAAGCAGAGAGUACAAAAACACUUGGUCUAGUAACUGAUUUCCCCACCACUCCCCAGCAGAACAGAUCAAAAGCUAGAAGAGGAUGACCAAAAUCUUAAUGCAUUAAUAAGAAUGUUUAUUAUGUAAUGAAUAUUUACAUAAAGAGACUGCACCUUUCUGGAAUGAAGUGGAAUAGGUACAGACUUGCUGAGAUAAAAGCUGCUUUUUAUUGAAGCUUUCACUAGAAGAGAUUCCUUUAGCCAGAGCCAAAAUAAAAAUUUUCCCCCACUCCAUCUGCAUCAAGUCAAUAUAGAUUCUGGUGGUAAAUAAGGUUCCCCCUCCUUAGGACGUGUCAAAGGGCAAAGACCAAGUGCCUUUCACCACUGACACAGUACAUCAUCAGUUAUCCGAUUAGCAACUUUGUUUUGUGAACUUGUAACUGCUGAUAUUUGUUAUACAAACUAUUCCCCUUUCAGGAUUUACUUAAUUAAAUACUGUAUCUCUGUUUCUACAUUGAAUACAUCAACUUGUAACUGUUGGUAUUGUAUAACAUACUUCUCAAGUUUUACUGUACUUAAUAUGUAUAUGGAUAAGCUUGGUAUUGUUUUACAUUAUGCAUCCUGCAUUAGCAUAUAUAAUUCCUCACAAGAUGCUGCAGUUUCAUGUAUCCAAAUGAUGUGUUAUCUGAACAGCUCUUUGGUAGCUGCUUUCCAAAGGAGUUGGGAUAACAGAGGUUGUACUGUGCUACAUUACUUCACACUAGUAUGUCAUUAUAAUAAGGCUAUUUUCAGUAACUAUUUUUGCCUUAUCAAAAGGCAACUCUCUUAAAAGGCAAAUGCUUACUGAAAAGGAUGAGCUGGAAGUGUGUUUUACCAUAAACAUAAAUAUGAAUUAAUCAGAUUCUGAUCCGAGAUGUAAAUCUAAAUAUUGCAUUAGCUUUAGGGGUGUUCUUCAGCUGUGGUACUGAGGUCUUUACACAUCAGUGAUUGUGGACUGAGGAAAGCAUGAUACUUAUCUAUCCCAUGCAUUCUCUGUUAGUGGCAGAAGUUAGGAUGAAGAAAGGAACUGCUUUUUUAUUUUUAAAAACUGUUUACAGGAAUUUUUAUCAUUUUAAAAAGUAUUAUGGCAUUCUCUUGGUGUCAAUGUCAAGCUGUGAUGCUCCUCCAACUCAUCACUUCUUGACUCUCUGCCCUUCUCUCCUCACAAGGAUUGGUUAAUGAGUGCAGAGUCAUUUAUGCUUUAUACUCUGCUCCUUUAACCAAAAGAAGCUUGUGGUCAGAGUAUUUAGGAGCUAGCCUUGAAAAUCUGCUUAAAAGUUGUGAAUAAAACUAUUGAUUUACUGACUAGAGAUCUGUAGAUUUAUAAUGUACAAUUAACUCUGGGACUGUCGGUGCAGUUGAUAUCAGUCAGGACUGUUUGCAUGCUCUGAUAGUUAAUUGUAUUAAAUGUUAUUUUUGAUAUUGUAAUCAGUGUCUUGCAGAGAUUGAAAUGUUCUUCCAGUUAAUUUAAUCAUGAAUAAAAGUCUACAUGCUUCCCAGAA